AUGCGGUGUUUGAUUGGGGAGGUGUCUUUGGCCAGGUCGGCCUCUGAGAGCUAUGUGAAGACAUUGCUUCCCCGCUGUGCGGAGGUGGCCAAGUCUCGUUCUAGCUCCAAGGCGGCAGCAAUCAAAGUUCUGAGGCUUUCAGAUUCUGAUCAAGACACAGGCACGAAGACUCAGGCCAGCCUCUUUGGCUCUUCCUCAGUGCCGCUGUCCCACUUUCGAGGUGGCACAGAACAGAGCCUUGGUGACCCGAUGUUUCUUCGGCCUCCCUCGCACGAAUCCAUGCCAUUGCUGGCCUUUCGACCGCGAAGGGGCACGGGUCCUGAGACCAAACCAAAGGCCUUCCUGGGCUUGGAGCUGCAACGGGCGAUUGCACCUCACCGAUUCAGUGCGGAUUUGCAAGCUUGGGGGCACGAGAGGAUUGCGUCAAUCGAAAAGGCUGCAGCCUUACGCAAGGAAAGGGAUGCUCACUUUCUGGGCGCAUACCCAGAUGCAAGGCCUCGACCACGGCCUCCACCGCGGCCUCGCUCUGCACCCAUGAAGAUGUAUCCCAUCACCCAGGUCAUAGGCUCCAUCCCAAAGCACUAUUUACCGAGGCCUUCCCGCGAGAAGCCCAGGCACAUGCACGAGAUGGUUGGCAAUGAAGUUGUGAUCCCCUGA